AUGGACCGCUCCGAAUUGGAAACGCGCUGUAAUGCGCUCAGACUGGAGUUGAAGGCUUGGGAAAAAGCGUUUGCAGCAGAACAUGAGGGGAGGAAGGCGGGCCGCGAGGAUAUCAAGGCCGAUGCGACGAUUUCUGCAAAAUAUAAAGAGUACAACAAACUCCGUGACAUUCUUUCGGGCAGGUCACAACCUCGAACCCCCUCCAAACGGACCGCGACUCGCAAACCCGCUUCCGACGGGGAGAAGACACCCAAAGCACAGCAGAAGAGCCUCAAUGCUACGCCUUUGAAGAGAAAACGUGAUUCCGGUGUCAGCUUUGGUGAACUUACUGAAGUGAACGAAAACCUGUCACCACAAGGCCCGGACAUGAUUGGCCCUACUCCGCAACGCGACGGCAUUGUGUUAGGAUUGUUCGACCUCCUGCCUACCGAGACUCCGAGUAAGCGUCGCGCAGUAUUAGCAGAGGUUGCGCCCAAUGUACUUCAGACGCCGAGCAGGAACCUCGAGGUCCCGGAGAGCGAGACGUCUCUACCGCCCGGAAGAGGAGAAAGGACACCACAGUCAAUUGGCAAACGGAAUUUGCUGGACAGAUUCGUAACACCUCAGAAGAGGAAGAGAGGGGAAGAAGGCACGCCCACAUCUGCGCUCAAGGGCUUGGCAACGCCCGCCUUUCUGCGGCGCGACGCUGCUCUGGAUGUCAUCAUUGAGGACGAUGAACCCACGCCGCGACCUGCGCCCUGGAAACGGCGGGGACUUGGGCGCAGUUUGAGCAGUAUGAUUCAGUCGUUGAAGAAGCAGGAGGAGGAUCGCUUGGACGAGGAGGCGGAGAUUAUGCGGGAAAUGGAAAUGGAGGCGGAGGGGAUCGUGGUACCUAGGAAGAGUAACGCACCUGAGGUUGUGGUUGAGGAUAGUCAGCAGGCCAUGCCCUUGGGACCGGAUGGGGCUGUUGAUUCUGAGGAUGAAGGAAAUCAGGAGAAUGACGAUGCGCAGGGUCCGGAUGGGCAGCCUAGGAAAGUUUGGAAGAAACGGGGACAGAAGAGGCAGACUCGACGCGUUAUUAUGAGACCCAACUUCGUCAAGCCACUGCCAGUCGCUCCCCUGCAAGAUGUGCAUUCGUCGGAGGAAGAUGCCGUUCUGGAGACGCAGCUGGACGGUUUCCAUGAAGACACCGGCACGGACGACGACGGUUCGGACUACGAUAGCGAUGCAUCGCACACUCCGAAGAAGAGGAAGACGCAACCUAAGCAGAGCCAAGUAGCGGGUAAGCAGGAGUCCAGCGUCAUGGAACCCGUGAAAAAGGUAGCCAGGAAAAUCAAAGCCACCGCGCAUGCCAAUUACAGGAAACUCAAAAUCAAGAGCAAAGGAGCCGGAAAUGGCGGUAAGAGACAUGACAUAAUCUGUGAUAUUGUGACCUUCAGACUGUCAGCUGCCAGCAGCCUAGCGGAGAACAAUGGGUGUGUGCGGCCUCUUAAGGAUAGAAAUGAAUUCCAACUGAAGGCUAUGGCAUACAUUCGAAACAGAAUAUUCGAAGGUUACAGCUCCACCUGGACGACACCGCGGUACAAUCUCACGCCUAUCGCCAAGCAGCCCUGCGAUGAAGCUCCAACGUCACGUGCGGUCCGAGCUUCACCUUCCACCAGCAAGCGCUCGCCUCGAGCUUUGCAGUCCAGAACCACCACAAUAUCGCCCGCCACGACCGCUCUCCCAGUCAUUUCGCUCACUACCACUGCUUUCGACAACGACCGCACAUCCAUCCCGCUGGUAAUCUCCACAGCAAUCAACCCCACCAUGGCCGAAGGCGAGAUCCACUCGCUCAUCAAGCAACUCCACCAAUCCCUCCAAACACACAACUACGACUCCGCGCCCUCGCUGCUCUCCCGGGCCAAAGUCGCCCUCCUCUCCCUCAAAGCCCUCAUCCCCACCGAAAAGACACCGAGACACCACCUCCAGCUCGCGCGCGAAACCCUCGAACUCGGCGCCAUCCUGUCCAUCCGCCUCAAGGACCCCGUAGCAUUCACGCGGUACUUCCAGCAACUGCAGCCGUUCUACAGCUUACCUCCGUCUGCGCUGCCGCGCGAGGGGUCCCAGGCUAGCAAGAUCACAGGGCUGUAUCUGCUGUUGCUGCUGAGUGAUGGGGAUUAUGCAGGGUUCCAUACGCUCCUGGAGACGCUGGAGAUGAACGCGGCGCAGGAGGGGAGGCGGUUGGAGGAUGAUCGCUAUGUGCAGUAUCCGGUGAGGUUGGAGCAGGCGUUGAUGGAGGGGGCGUACGACAAGGUGUGGGGCGAAACGAAGGGGGAGAGGGUGCCGGGGGAGGAGUUUGCGCUAUUCUCUGAUGUUCUCAUCAAUACCAUCCGCAAGGAAAUCGCCUCCUGCAGCGAAAAAGCAUACCCCUCCAUCCCGAUCUCGGACGCCAAAUCCCACCUUUUCCUCGACUCCGAGGGUGCCGUCGUCAACUUCGCGCAAGAGUGCGGCUGGGACGUGAAGGACGGACGGAUAUAUUUCCCACAGCAGGAGGAGGAGUAUGGUGCUGCGGGGAGGGAUGUGCUGGGAAGUAGUGACCAGGUGAUUGAGCAUACCUUGGGGUAUGCUCGGGAACUGGAGACGAUUGUUUAG